AUGUAGUCCACUAGAUCUAAUUCCGCAUAAUAUAGAACCUGCAACUCAUAAUAUGGAUAAGGUUGGUUAUUACAUUAAGGAUAAUAGCAAAUCAAAGUGAAUGAGGCUCCAGUUCCUACUUAUGCAGAAAUCGUUAGAAGUAUGCAAGAUUUCAAACGAGCAGAAAAAUUGAUAAAAAAUAAAUUGGUCGCAUAACAGAUCAGCCUGGAAUCUUAAAAGAAGGAAACUGAAGAUUAGAAACAAAGAAGAAAAAUCGAUAAUAAAGUACCUCCAAAACCUUUUCCUGUAAAAGAAGAUUAAUACAAAAAACCACCUUUGGGACUCAAUGUUGGCCUACCUAUAUACGAAACUUCGAAUAUGUAAUAUGGGUAAUUGAAUCCUACUAACUUUGAAUUAAUUGAAAAGUAUUACCCUAGAGAUGCUAAAUUUACUUCAGGAUUUCUAGGAAACACUUAUAAAUUCGAUGGUUUAAAUACAAGUGUCGCCUUUUCAAAAACUCAUAAAGCCUUAGAUGAAUACUGA